CACUGUCAGCCGGAAGGAAAAUGGCGGCUACCUAGGGUUAAGGUGUUUUGGUACCAAAGUGUCGUCCGCGCUCUUUUCGCCCGAUUUCUUUGUCCGCGGCGGCGUGCCGAUGGCGCAGCCGAAGGAGGAGCAACUGUUCGUCGAGGAGAUCGACUCGGCGGAGCUGUUCAAGGUCGAGGUGGUCGGCCGCGGAUCGUUCGGCGUGGUGUGGCGCGCCGAGUGGCGGCAGCGUCCGGUCGCCGUCAAGUUCAUCGAGUCCGACUCGGAGAAGCGCGCCUUUGCCGUCGAGAAGAAGCAGUUGUCCCGCGUCCGGCACGAGAACAUCAUCCGUCUCUACGGGGCCAGCACCGUCCGGCCCGUGUGCCUCGUGAUGGAAUUCGCGGAGGGCGGAUCCCUCUACAAUCUGCUGCACAGCCGGCCCUACCGGACGUACACGGCCGGUCACGCCAUCAGCUGGGCUCUGCAGUGCGCCAGGGGCGUGGCCUACCUGCACAGCCUGCAGCCGAAGGUGAUUCACCGCGACCUGAAGCCGCCAAACCUGCUGCUCGUGGACCGAGGCGGGACGAGGCUCAAGAUCUGCGAUUUUGGCACGGCGCGGGACCUCACCACUUGCGGACAUCUGACCAACAACCAGGGCUCGGCCGCCUGGAUGGCGCCAGAGGUCUUCGAGGGGUCCAGCUACACGGAGAAGUGUGAUGUCUUCAGCUGGGGAAUUAUUUUGUGGGAGGUGUUGACGAGGCGGCGGCCCUUCGACAACAUCAAAGGCGCGACGGUGGCUAUUCUCUGGGCGGUGCACACGGGCCAGCGGCCGCCACUGAUCGCUAACUGCCCUCCGCCGCUGGAGGCGCUGAUGACCAGUUGUUGGGAGAAGGAGUCGUCUGAACGGCCGGCCAUGGUCGAGGUCGUGGAGCGAAUGGAGCGGCUGGCCGUCCACUUUCCUGGCGGCGAACUGCCCAUCAUCGAGUACGAAGGCCAAAGCAGCGAAAAUGAAGAGGAUGAAGACGAAGAUGAUGAUGAGGACACAAUGGAGACCUUUGGACCCCAAACCACCACGUCGCUAAACGGAACAAUCAGCUCGGUGCUUUCGACCCAGCUGGCGCCGCUGUCGGUGCAGGUGUCGGAGCCGGAGACGCUGGCACCGCUGCCUGAGGUUGAGCUGCGGCCGCACCCGUUCGCCAGGCUGGAGGCAAUCACGGCCACACGGCCCACCACGCUGCUGCAGCCGCCCAAGCGGCCGCAAAUGCGCCAGUCCAACAUCAACAACGACCAGUGGGAGGUCGGUGACGAGAUCAGCCCUGUCGAGGAGGCCAAACCCAUCCCUACUGCAGCAGCGGCGGCGGCAACCACGGCGACGACGGCAGCGGCGGCUCCACGCAGCAGCGGUCCGGAGGCGCGGAGUGGCGGCGGCGAGUCUGAGGAGCUGGACAACGUGUACCAGAUGCUGGACCCGAAGCUGCAGCCGCUGCCGCCCGACCCGGACAACCCCGACUCGCUGCGGGUCUUCAACGAGCACAAGCAGCUGGCGCAGGAGUACUUCAGGGUGCAGACGGAAAUGGCCUACACGCGCCAGCACAGGGACAACCUGGCCGAGAGGCUCUCAGAGGAGCAGCUCCAGCAGCCCAGCCAGCAACUCGAGGAGCUCGCCAAGCUCGAGAGCGAGAAGGAGAACCUGGAGCAGCUGCAGCGGAAUUUGCGGCGGCAGCUGGAGCUGAUCCGGAGGGCGCGAGGGUCGCCGCACGACUGGGUGGUGGUGCCGCCGAGGACGUAGGCGGCGGCCGGCCAGCCCCCGGCGCCGCCCCUGACUGUGAUACACUGCCGUCGCCGCCGCCGUGGCCGUGGCCGCCGCCGAAUCUAGUCCUCGGCUCCCGUUAGUCAUUCCCGCCGGCCGCCGCCGCCAACAAGCCGCACCGCUCUCGUAUUUAUUUUCUCAGCCGACCCGAGUGAGCGAGCGAGCGAAGAAGCAACCAACCAACGCCGUCGGACGGCCAACAACAAAAGAGUAUUUUAACUACUGCUUCCGACAAGUGGAACAAAUCGUUUUUACUACCCAGAGAUUAAUAAAUAAAUAAAUUUUGUAUGAAACUUUGAACUGAAAUGAAA